AUGAUGAGGAUCCUAUUAGUGAAGAUAAAUCCGGUGUUUUUCAGUCCGCGGAUACAUGACGACUUGCUAUUCGCUGUAGUUAUGUACAAAGAGUUUAGCAUGGAUAAAAGGAUGGAGUACGUCAAUGCAUUGUUAGAUAUGGUCGACAGAGAUCGUAACCGUCCUCAUUUGGUACUGCCUCUACUUGCGAGCGCUGGCGAUGUGGACGAAAGGCUUAAAAUCAUCUUCCGUUGCUCGACUGCAGGGUACAAAGAUCUGUCAGAAUUAGAUAUUACUGUACUGUCGCAACUCGUCCUGCAACCUCUUUAUGACAAGCAGAGAGCAUCCGCGCGAGGAGACCAAACGAAACUGGACAAAAUGGCAAAAAUUUUGAAAAGCUUCGGUAUUGGGAGUAGUUAUGUUUGGCAAACAUUUUAUGCAUGGUGGCAAGAUCGCAAUGCUCGCGAGAAGCGAAUGGCGAACCUGGAAUUCGCUCCACGACCUUAUGCAAGGGAACUGCAAGGAUGGUUGCGUCAGCACUAUACGGUUACAUUCGAGUAUGAGAAAAAGGCGAAGGCGAAGUCUCCUCCAGUCCGAGUUACUUAUGAAAGGCUGAAGAAGUUUGCAGAUGAUAGGGAUUCAUCAAAAGUUCACGCUUUCUUGUCUUCUUAUGGUUGGCCAGAGGAUACGAACUUUGAAGAGAUAGUUCCUGACGUGCUGAGCUUAUAUUUGGAUCAUGAACAGUGGGGAAGUGUGAAGAAGAUGCUCAUUUCUUUAUCAGCUCAGUCGGAAAGAUGGCAGAAGGAAGAGGAUCCUUCCUACUGUCCAGUGAAAAACUACCACCUUUUGCAAAUCUUAAGAAGACUUUCGAAUGAAGGGGAGGAGAUUUCUCUCCAGAAGAUGACCAGUUACGCAUUUGAGUUGCGUAGGUUGUUUCCAGGAGCUGUCGCCAACUACGAUACGUUCUUCAACACUAUGCAUGAAUACAACCGAUUGUUUGGAAAGUGCUUCGAGGUAACUGUCGCCAACUACGAUACGUUCUUCAACACUAUGCAUGAAUACAACCGAUUGUUUGGAAAGUGCUUCGAGCAUGCACCUAACAAUCAUUUUUACCAGAGGCUGCCAAAUCCAUCGGUCGAGAAAAUCGACGAAUGCAUAGAUCUCCUGCGGAAUCUGAUCAAGUUGGAGAUACUUCAGCUACAUCCGAACGAGACUCUCACAUCUGUUUUUAUUGGCAACGUUUUGAGGAAAUUGGGCUGGGAAGAGGCGGUGAACACGUGGAUGAAAUUCCAAUCUGGAUUGUACUGCUCGAAUGGCAUCGUUGCGUUACUUCUUUAUUGUUUGGUGCAGAAGUCCGACAACUCCAAGCGUAAUAUACAGUACGGUGAGCUACUUCAUUACUAA